AUGUUAACAACAUCAAAAGAAAUCAACUUAAAGAACGAGGUGUACUUCCGCUGGGGCGGUGGCACCGUGGUCGUAUGGCUGCAGAACGCCGCGGGGUUCGCGCGGUGGGGGCCGACCGACGAGCGCGUGGAGGCGUUGCUGGACGCGUGGCGGCCGCGCGCCAAGUUGCGGACCCCGCCCCCUGCGCCCGCAAACGCCCCGCCCGCCACGCCCGCGCCCGCAGACGACGCCGCGCAUCCGCCGCCCGGGCCACACGCACCGCACGCGCCGCACACGCCGCACACGCCGCACACGCCGCACACGCCGCACACGCCCGCCGACAAGCGCAGCUAA